CAGUUUGACAAAAUCGUCACAAAAGUUGAAAUCGUUUCGGUGUUUUCAAUCAAUCUAUAGAAUCGACUGAAGAUUAACGAAAGAGGGGAAUUCGUUAAUUAUAGUUACAAUUUAGUUUAAGCCUUGGGUUUAUACAAAAACUAGAUAACAUUACUGUAAAGUGCUGUGUAUUGUGUGCUAGCCAUAAUUUCAAAUCGAUUUUUUCCUGUGAUGUGAUAUUUUAUUUCAUUGUGCAAGAUGAAUCUGUAUAUUGCUUUCGUAAAUAUAUUUUUAUACAUAAUAGUGUCAUGUGAUGCAUCAGGAACAGAUAUAGCCUUAGAUGCUAAAGCUACUUUGCUUCAUAGAAUAGAUAGUUUAAAUCUUCUUAUUUAUACAUGUCUUCUUACUCUUACUGUACUGACUAUCUGGGUAUUUAAACAUCGUCGUGUGAGCUGGCUCCACGAAACCGGCUUGGCUGUUAUAUAUGGUCUGAUAGUUGGUGCCAUAAUUCGCUAUGGAAGCAGUACAAAUGAAAUCACAUAUAUUGAUGCUCACCCAGAUCCAGACUCCAAAUACAACCUGUCUGUUCCUCCAGACAUGGUCCGAUUUCACUUUCCAGAUAAAAUACAAGUAACUGGAGAUGCUUCUAUACCAAAUAAAACAUAUGCUUACAGCUUUAGAGGGGAAAUUGUGAAUGUGGAACAAAAUGAAAUAGACCUUAAGGCAACAUUUGAUCCUGAAAUUUUUUUCAAUAUAAUUCUGCCACCAAUUAUUUUUCACGCAGGGUAUUGCUUAAAGAGGAAAUACUUCUUUCGUAAUUUAGGUGCUAUAUUAACUUUUGCUAUGGUUGGAACAGCACUUUCUGCCCUUGUCAUUGGAUCUCUAAUGUAUGGGUUUGUUCAACUGAUGCCUGCGUCACUGGCUUCAAGUUUUACAUUUUUGGACACCUUGUAUUUUGGUGCUCUUAUAUCGCCUACAGAUCCACUGACUGUACUAGCUAUUUUUUCGCAAUUGAAGGUUGAUGUCAAUCUGUAUGCAAUGAUAUUUGGUGAGAGUGUUCUCAAUGAUGCAGUGGCUUUAGUACUCAGCGGAGCCAUACAAAAUUACGAGAAGAGAUACUCAACAGACGGCGAAUUUGAAAUAACAGCAUUCCUAGCGGCCAUUGGCGACUUUAUCGGGAUAUUCAGCCUUUCGCUUAUUGUUGGUGCUCUGAUGGGAUGUUUGACUGCAUUGAUGACAAAAUUCACCCACGUGCGUGAUUGGCCGCUGCUCGAAUCGGCUCUCUUCGUGCUCAUGUCGUAUGCUGCUUUCCUAAUCGCGGAAGUUUGCGAACUGACAGGUGUGGUUGCGGUUCUAUUCUGUGGUAUAUGCCAAGCGCAUUACACAUACAACAACCUGUCCGCAGACUCCAGGAACAGGACCAAGCAGUUAUUUGAAUUGCUCAAUUUUCUCGCCGAGAAUUUCAUAUUCACUUACAUCGGCGUAUCCAUGUUCACGUUUCCGAAACAUCACUUCGAUCCAUGGUUUAUAAUUGCUGGAUUUUUAACAUCAACACUUGGUCGGGCGGUGAAUAUCUAUCCUCUCUCAUUCUUGCUGAAUCUCGGACGAAAACCACCUAUACCCAUGAAUUUUCAACACAUGCUUUUCUUCUCUGGACUCCGCGGAGCCAUGUCUUUCGCGUUGGCAAUCCGCAACACCGUGUCGGAAGCGCGGCAAGCGAUGUUAACAACGACAUCGCUGAUUGUGAUCGCGACCGUGGUGCUACAAGGCGGGGCGGCAACACACGCGCUCGCCUAUCUGCGCAUACCCACUGGGUACGAGCUUAGUCAAGGGCAGAAUGAAGAAAGCGACGCGUUACCGUUCAGAGACGUGCGAAAUCUGUACCAGGCCACGGAGAUGGGCAGCCCGAGUGGCCGCAUGGUAGUUAAGUGGGGCAAAGACGAGAGCGGAGUGAUAAUGCCUUGGCAACUAAACUAUCAAGAAGAUAGCCAGCGAGGCAGUGGUGAUAGUGGCAGUGAGAAGGCCAGGCUCGCUAAGCUCUGGGGCGCCAUAGACUCGCGUCUGCUGAAACCUCUGCUCACUCACGCGAGACCUCCGCUCACUGAAACUUUGCCGGCAUUUUUCAGACCUCUAGCGCGUUUGUUGACCACAACACGGCAAUACACUCAAGGGGAUAAUAAUGGUCUUCGAAGAACUGAUUCGGACUCCGACUUGUGUAUUGAUGAGCCACAGCCCGUUCCUACAAGUAUCGACCCGCAGCUAUCUUUUAGCGUUCGGAAUGGAUAUGGGAAUAUAUAAGUUUUUAUCGUUAUCGAUCAUCGACUGUGAUAUAAGGUCUUAAACAGUAGUUUAAUUAGAAAAAUUUAACACUUUAUUUUUAAUUAUUGCACGCAGCAACUUUGGCCAGGACUAGUGGACACCCGGAUUUCUGUAGAAGGUAUAACGGGAAGUAAUAUAUAAAUGAUGUUUGUGCGAUUGCUCUUUGUGCCACGAAUUUUAAUAAAUUAGAAAUGAAGUCGUGACUUCGAUAUUUAUUUUAAUAGCAUAAAUGCAUAGUUGUACAAGCCGUGUUUAGUUUUGUAGAUAAUGAGGGUUUUAAUUGCCAUGUCAUGGAAUGAGGCUAGAAAUUACUUAUUUUUUUUUUUACAAGUCUCCAUUGAUACAAUAAAUAUAUUUUAAUAUGUUAAAUAAGACAACGCGUUUAGCCUUGGUCCAUGACCGAUAAUUUAAAACUUCAAUUAAAACUAGAAAUAUAACCUCCGAGCUCCGAUUAUAAAUCUUCGUAUUAGAUAGGUAGGUACAUUCAAUUUGUACGCAUUAUCUCUUUUCAUCUUGAUCUUAGUGUGUUUCUUUUAAUAGUUGUAAGAUAAAAUAUUACUUAUGUAUCUAUUUUGAAGCACAUUAAUAGCUUUAUGUGUUGUGUGCAAAAUAAUUAUUUAUUAAACGACACUUAGCACUUAUCAUAUUUUCUUAAAUGUAAUACGACAAUGCACAUGAAAUUAUUAUUAUCCAUGGCAAAUAAGUCUUUUGUAUUUCUGAAACUGGAAGCUACUUUUAAUUGUAAUCCAUUUAAUGGGAAUAUAACGAGUUCAGAUAGGUUGUAAAUGUCUUUUUUUUACAUAUUUGUUAUUGUUUAUUUAUUAACCAAACACGUCCUUUAUUUGGCUUGUAAAGCAAAAGAUUCUAGGACCGUAUUAAAUUGAAUUUAUUUUCUAUUUUUAAGCAUUCAUGUUAAUAAAAUUUUAUUAUAUAAUGCAAAAAAAAAUGUACCUCAUAAAUAUGGUUUAAAACAAUGUCGACCAAUGCUUGAAAUAUUUCUUUAAACCCAUUUGUGCCAUUUUUAAUAAAAAAAACAUUGUCAACAACCAUAUUGAAUGUGUGUAUGUCUAAAGAUUAUUAUAAUUCAGCAUGUAUAUUUCAAGACAGAAGAAGCUAUACUAAAGUAUUAUAUUUUAAGCUAACAUCUGCUUAUGUUCUCUAUUAAACAAGACGUUUAAAGGUGAAUAAUUUAUUAUACUGGAUACACAAAUUACCUAUAUUAUAAAGCCUUUUAUCUUUAACAACUUAUUGGUUGCUUGUCUGAGCAAGUAAGAGUAACA